CAGAGGAUAAUUGGCAAUUUCCAAGAUGUCGACUAGCAAAGGAGAUACGAUGUUUGGCGGCUCAAAACUUUCGAGUUUGGAGGACGAUUUCAGUUAUGGAGUCACUGUUGCCCAGACGAACAUCAAUAUCCGUCUUGGUUUCCUCAGGAAGGUUUAUGGCAUUCUUACUGCCCAACUUAUGCUCACCAUUUUUGUGGCGGGAGUAUUUAUGUACACAGAAAGCAUCAAAACUUUUGUUCAGGGAAGACCUGAGGUUUUGAUGAUGGCAUUUAUCCUGUCACUUGGUCUGCUAAUUGGACUGAUGUUCAAGCGCAAAGAACAUCCAACCAACAUGUACCUUUUGGGUGCAUUUACACUAUCAGAAGCUUAUACUGUUGGUACACUGGUUACAUUUUAUGACCAAGUGCUGGUGCUGGAAGCAUUUGUGCUGACUGUGGCAACAACCACAGCAUUGACAAUGUACACAAUGCAAAGCAAGAGAGACUACAGUUCGUGGGGUGCUGGCCUGUUCACUCUUUUGUGGAUCCUCAUUUUAGCUGGGUUUCUGCAGUUUUUCUUCCACAGCGAGACCUUUGAGCUUGUGUAUGCCAUAGCUGGUGCUCUGCUGUUCUCAGCUUUCAUUGUGUUUGAUACUCACAUGUUAAUGCACAAACUUUCACCAGAGGAAUACAUUUUGGCGUCAAUCAACCUCUACCUGGACAUGAUCAAUCUCUUCAUCGAGAUCCUGAGAAUCCUAAAUUCUAUGAAGAAGAACUGAUUAAUUUAAAAUGGCCGACACCCAGCCUUUUAAAAAAAGGCUCUCUUGCAACUGUCUCUUGGUUAAUCUUACUAUUGUAUUUCCUGUUGUAGAAUGAUUCGUGCUAGUUUACACUGUAGUUGAAGGUCAAAUGAUAAUAAGUUAGAAAGAGUUUUCAAUGUAUUAAACUUCUCAGCUUGGGGAACUGUAGAAUGAAAAUGCUACACUGAGCUAUUUGACGAUUUUCUUUGCAAACUAUGUUAACAUUCCUGCGUUGUUUCCUUGUUUAGAGAAGUUCAAAUUUUCAAUUACAUGUAACAGCUGUAAAGGGGUCUUGCUUUCAGCAAAUGUUAAAACUUUUUAUACAACGCGUCAAAUAGUUUACUCGGUAGUGAUUUGAUUUCAAUGCUUUAGAUCUGUGAAAUGAAGAAAUAAAAAGCGGUAUUAUUGUCA